CAGCUGGGGUCCAAUGUGCGGGGCCUGGAGCGAGGAACCGGGAGGUCCCAGGGCGGUCUGACCCGAAGGACGCGAAGGACGCAGGUGCGAAGCCGAAGAAUUCGAAAGAACCCAUUGCGAACCCACGCCGCCUUUUACAGAACAGUUUUGUGAGCCAAUAACAUCCGGAAGUUGUCUCUUUUUUGCGGGUUGUGGGAUACUGGAUGUGGGAUGAUUCUGGCAAAUGCCAGUCUUCAACUGGACCAAAAGCAAGCCACUUGACCAUGGCCAAAGAGGCAAGUAAACCCUGGAUGGACCCUGUUUUGCUCGAGAAAAGGCCCAAGUAAUUGGGCAUAGCAAUGUUCAAAGUCGGGGAGCUCUUCUUGCAACAAAAAGGCAUGGUGGCAUGAGUGGAGCAGAAGAAUGCUUGCAAGCUGCAGCGUCCAAACAAAGGUCCCAUGGAUGGUUGGGGAUCGCUGACUUUUGCGCCUCUGUGCCAAUCUGCGGACUGUCUCCGUGUGAGGACCUCAUCCGGUACUUGGCAGCCCCCGAGUGGCUUCGCCCUGCAGAGGAGGAGUGGUUGCAGACCUAUGCUGAGCAGAUGCGCCAGGCGGCACUGGAGCUCCGCUGCGGUGGUGAAGUGCUUCUGGUGUCUCCCCCGCCCUUGGGCGAGGCGCUGGGCUCGCUGGAGUUCGACUUGGGCGCCAAAAUGGCAAAGGCCGUGGAGGCGGUUGCAGCGGACGUGGGCUGUGGCUAUGUGCCCCUCUUCGAGGCCUGUGUGAAGUUUCUCCAGCGCAGCAGGGAGGUGGACAGCUCUGCUGGGACUCGUGGCUAUUCUUUAGCAGAGUUUUUGCCACGGCUGUGCCUGCUGCCUUGGCGGCUCUAUGUGGGACAGCAGAGCUUAAGUCAGAUCCAGGCCGAGGAAGAAACAAAGCUUACGUUGGACUUGGUGCACUUUGGAGAUAGCUAUGCUCAACUGGCGGCCGACUUGUUGGAAGAGAAACUUGGCCUUCUGAAGUGAGGUGUGUGGCUCCGUCUUAGCUGGCAUCGCGGCGUCGAGAAGUGCUACAGAGGCCGUGGACUCCUUGCCGGAGCUUUUUACGGCAGCUGCUCAAGUUUUCUCGCAAGAGUGCGAGAGAGACGUUUCCGCAAUAGGUGUGAAAAAAGCGUUGGGUACAACAUGCGUGUACAUAUGUAGGC